GCGGCGGCGGCGGCGGACGCGGCCUGAGGGAGCGGCCGGCUGCCGCCUCGCCCGCCGCGGGGUCCAUGGCCUGAGCGGCCAUGUCCGGCGUGGUGCGGACCCUCAGCCGCUGCCUGCUGCCGGCCGAGGCCGGCGGGGCCCGCGAGCGCAGGGCGGGCGGCAGCGGGGCCCGCGACGCGGAGCGCGAGGCGCGGCGGCGCAGCCGGGACAUCGACGCGGGGCUGGCCCGCGAGCGGCGCGCCGUGCGGCGCCUCGUCAAGAUCCUGCUGCUGGGCGCGGGCGAGAGCGGCAAGUCCACCUUCCUCAAGCAGAUGCGCAUCAUCCACGGCCGCGAGUUCGACCAGAAGGCGCUGCUCGAGUUCCGCGACACCAUCUUCGACAACAUCCUUAAGGGCUCAAGGGUUCUGGUUGAUGCACGAGACAAGCUUGGUAUUCCUUGGCAGUAUUCUGAAAAUGAGAAGCACGGGAUGUUCCUCAUGGCCUUUGAGAACAAAGCAGGGCUGCCCGUGGAGCCUGCCACCUUUCAGCUGUACGUACCUGCUCUGAGCGCGCUCUGGAGGGAUUCUGGCAUCAGGGAAGCUUUCAGCCGGAGGAGCGAGUUUCAGCUGGGUGAAUCAGUGAAGUACUUCCUGGAUAACUUGGACCGGAUUGGCCAGCUGAAUUACUUUCCUAGCAAGCAGGACAUCCUGCUGGCGAGGAAGGCCACCAAGGGCAUCGUGGAGCAUGACUUUGUCAUCAAAAACAUCCCUUUCAAGAUGGUGGAUGUGGGCGGCCAGCGGUCUCAGCGCCAGAAGUGGUUCCAGUGCUUUGAUGGGAUCACGUCGAUCCUGUUCAUGGUCUCGUCCAGUGAGUACGACCAGGUCCUCAUGGAAGACAGGCGCACCAACCGCCUGGUGGAGUCCAUGAACAUCUUUGAGACCAUCGUUAACAACAAGCUCUUCUUCAACGUCUCCAUCAUCCUGUUCCUCAACAAGACGGACCUCCUGGCGGAGAGAGUAAAGGCUGUCAGCAUCCAGAGGCACUUCCCAGACUUCAGGGGCGACCCCCACAGGCUGGAGGACGUCCAGCGCUACCUGGUCCAGUGUUUCGACCGGAAGAGACGGAAUCGCAGUAAGCCACUCUUCCACCACUUCACCACCGCCAUAGACACCGAGAACAUCCGCUUCGUGUUCCACGCUGUGAAGGACACCAUCCUGCAGGAGAACCUGAAAGAUAUUAUGUUGCAGUGAAAGAGGAUGCCCCUCACUUUUGCGGUCCUUCAGCAGCCUCGCCGGCCACAGGCCAGAUCUCCCCGGUGUCCCGGAGCGGGUUUCCCGAAUCCGUGCCCUCAACACCUGGCUCAGGGAUGCCGUGAGGCCCGCCACGCUCUAGGCCAAAGGACGUGACACUUUGAUGUUAGCUACUGAAUCCUGGGGACUAGUGAAACUACUGAAAAUCCAAGCGAUCACUUUGGUAUUAAUGUGUAAUGCUUAAUAACACAGCUUUCUUUCUUUUUACAGAAACUAUUCCUUCCCUGACACAGUGUAAUCGAGGACUGCGUGUGCGUGCGCGCACACUCUGUCUUUAAUGACAGAAACACGAAAACCGACAUCUUUGCAGAUGGCUUUUCUCUCUAACUCGAGAGUGCUUGGUGAGGAGUGUUGCCGGGGCAGGGGGAGGGGGGAGUGGUUUGUAGGAGGUGAAGCGCCGGGCUGUCGCCACCACUUCCCCAAGGGAGCGCGCUGCCUUUUAAGUCUCUUGUGCCGAUGUCCCGAGAGGCCCUGGCCCCGGCCGUCAGAUGAGAGGGUGGCAGUGAGAGCUGGCGGUGUGGACUUAAGGCCCCACAGCCUGCACUUUCUUCCCACCCUGCCCCCUCCCCUCUGCACAGGGCAGUGCCCGCUGCCUCUGUGCCCACCCUCCCUGCCCCUCGGCAAAAACUUCAACCAGCUGGCCUUGCAGAUGACUCUUCUGUCUUCUGAGUCGUCUCCAACACUGCAGUCGGCUGCAGGGAGCCUUUCCUUCUUUGGAGGAAGUGGAGAGCUCCUUUCCCCUCAGGGGCUUCCGAGAGCUGGCGGCAUUGCCAGCAGAGCCCUCGUUAAUGCCCCUGGGCUCCGCGCUGCCUCCUGGUGGCCGAGAAUCGAGGUUCUAAUCACGGUCUCUUGCUUCUACUAACGUACACAUGUAGCAGGAAAACUGUUGGACGUGGUCUCCUCUGAGUGAAACUGCAGAGGCUGUGAAUGUCGACGCGAGCUGGUCAAUCUUACACUCAGUUAACUUGUCUGGUUACUCUGUCCAGGUGUCUUUCACUGUGUUUAAAAAUACAUUGCAUUCCAAACUGGUCCCCGCUGUGUAUUACUCUACUCGAGUGCCUGGCGUGUUGAGGACCCUGCCUAGCAUUUAAAAGAGAAAAAAGCUUCCUCUGCCAGUGGCACCAGAAUGUUCCUGUGGUUGAGUGACCGUCCCCGGGCGCCGUCCCCAGGCCACACUGUCCCCGGUCCUGCGUCCCUGGUGAGUGGCUCGCCCGCCUUCGCCCAGCAGAUGAGCAGGGACCCUGUGGCAGACGCUGACCCGGGAGGGAAGGGAGGAAGAAACUGCUUCCGAGUCAGCCUCGUUAUCACAGGGUUUCAAUGAGGAGACGACAUGAAAUCCCGUCUCUCUCAAGCGCUCAAGGCUUCCUGUCGAUGUUCGCUGGGGUUUCGGCUUUUUUCUGGCUGGAGAAAAGUUGCUGUUUUUGUACUGCUUCCUGUGGCUCUUCAUAAACUGAGAGGACGAGCCCCGGGAUCGGGGCCGAUGACCGAGGCCAAAAGAAAAAAGAACAUUCUCAACGGGCUGCGUCAGGGCGGCCCGAGACCCCGCCAUCGCUGCUCAGAGGACCUGUCCUGGGGCACGAGCGCUCCUCGCCCGCCGGGUUCCAGGUCUCACACGUGUGUCGGGACCCACGCGCUUCCUCACCAGCCUGGCAACACUCCCUGUGGUCUGGCGGAGGGGGCGGUCGGCGUAGCCGGUGCAGGUGCCCGUCCGAACGGCUUGCUGGCGAGUGGGGUCAGCACGGUCGGCAAGCGCCGUUUGUCCUUUAAACCGUCUAAUGCGGCUGCUGGUUUGCUUUCGGAGGCGGAAGCGAGUUGGUAUAGACAGGGAAGCUGAGCGGACUGGGAAGCAGGGGGGACGGCCCGAGGGGGGCCCCUGCCCGGCCCAGAACUGACCCGCUCUUCCCCCUGCGGCCGGGCUCCCCUCUUCACGGUAAGCUGAGUGGACGGCUUAGUCCUGGCAAGGCGCCCGGCCCUCAAUUCCAUGAUUGGUCAGCAUCCGAGAAGAAGAUCGCUCUUUGCAAGGUCAACUGAAACCAUUUACAGCCUUUCUACACAUAGAUUAUAGUCACUUUUCUCUCCAAAACCUUAGGCUUUUCUAUUUUUUUUAUUUUAAUUUCACUGUUACCCUCGAUUAUUGUCUUUUUUUAUUGAGAUAGUUGUGCCUCAUCUGUUAUUACAAAAAUGUAACAAUAAACUUCCUCAAACUAAGAUAUUUUCCUCAUAGUUAUACUGUUUACACAUAAGGACACAUGUACGUUUUUUACUGAAAUAUUUUUUUAACCCUUCAGUUUGUAGAGAAAUUGUUUUAAAGCUAUUGCAUUGUAGCUUUGUAAUUUAUAUAGAGGGUUCUCUAGACUCUUUGUUCUUGUAAUUUUUUUACUUCUUUGAUAAAAAUGAGUCAGGUUAUUUCAACUCCAAGAUCGGGAAAAAAUCUUGAAACAAGAUUAUUAGUUAUGACUAACUAACUUGGGCAUCCUGGGAACAGACACUAACUUGGUAUCGUGAGUAAAGGCACCGUUAGGAGGAGAGCAGUCGGGGUGAACUGCUCACCACUUACACUUUGCACAGCAUUUUAGCAUUGGCAGGAGGGACCGGUUUGGUGAUCUGACCACCUUCAGUCUCUGGAUGUAUCCUCAGUUUUCCUUUGCGUAAUAGAAAAUAACUCAGCGUGUGCAGUCAACGUUAAUUUGACAGUCCCCAAAAUUCAGAGCAGUUGGGUAACUCUCCUAAUGUUCCUUGAAGGUUCAUUACUUGUCGAUCCCAGUUUUUAUUUCCACGUGGGACACAGGAGCGCUGUCACUGAGUGGAUACCUCUAGAACACGACUUCAGGACAAGGAACAGGGGCAAAUACAUGGAAAGACACGUGUGUGUGUGAAGGAGGGAUCCUGCUGCCCUGAGACCUGGGGGCCCGAGGAGAGGACCUGGUGAUGGACGUGGACGUGGCCAGAGACCGGAGGCUGGGGCAAGCCCAAGGGAAGGCAAGGGUGGGAACUCUUUCUCCGCAACCCUGUGGGGUGACCAUCCCCAUCACAAAACGGAGAAACCUCUGAUGCAAAGUGCGAACGAUUCCCAGCCGGCAGAGCUCAUGGCGCUCAGGCUUCUCUUGUAGAAAAGGCACGUAUGUACUGUCCAGUGGCCAUCACCCAGGUAGGCGUUGUGUGCGUCCACGUGUGGGGAAGGCAGAACUGCCCCCCCCCCCGCCCCCAGAGAAACUUGUACUCGUCAUUAUCCACGUGGCUGAGGGCUAAGGUCUUUGAGUUCUUGUUUCCCCAUUUGCAAAAGUUGGGUCAGAUCACGAUGCUCAGCUCUGGCACCGCAGUCAGGUCACCUGAGGGGCUUUGCAAAGCCCUGGGCUGAGCCACCCAGAACCUGUGCAGUACAGGCGUCACGUGGACGCACUCCUGGUUUCCCAGGUGGUUGCUGUGCAGCCGGCGUCACAGGCCACGAAGCAGAGGACCAUGGAGGACUCCCUCCAGGCCGCUGGAGUUGCGGUCCACAACGUGCUGGCCCCCGAAUCCUCCCCUCGCUGUGACCUGCGACCUGCCUCAGGAAGGAAGUGAUGCUGGGUCUUCUGUUGUGGUUUAAGUGAAGAGCAGAAGCUCCCACUAAGCCUUCAACAGCAUGUCGGGUGGUCCUUUCCGGCCUUUUGAUGCCACCUUCUCCGUAAGGUACAUCAGAUGCGCUCAGCAACCUCAUUCUUCAGUGAUGCCCGGCAAUUUAGAGAGCUCUGUUUGAAGAAGAAGACAAGCCCUUUUAAAAUCUGCCUGGCAGCGCUAGGGAGAGGUGGGCCUUGCGUGUGGGAUUCCUGCAUUUCACGGACUCGGCAUUCGGGGCGGGCGCAGGCCCUGGUGCCAAGGUUGGUGCUGGGCCUGCAGCUGGCGGGGGGCUGAGAGCUCAGCCCCCCUGAGCAAGGGCUGCUUUUACUGACUGCGUUUGUGAGGCACCUGCUGGGCCCUGAAGAGGGUGGUGGUGGGUCCCCAGAGGAAGGAGCUGCUUGUUUAAGGCGGCUCAGAGGCUGGCAGUCGCCAUGUUGACGGCCCUUAACGGCAGGUGGCACACGGUUCGUGCUGAGUUCAGGGAAGGGGAAGCCUCGCUGUGGGUAGAGGGGAGCCCCUGGGGCGUGGAAGGGCCACUCCGCUUCCUCGGUCCCACUCUUGGUGUGUGGUUCCUACCUUCUGCUGGAGGAGGACUUCACGGCACGCGAGGCCCUGCUGCUCGUGUGGGCCCUCACUCUCCUGCCAGGUCCCGCCCUCCAGAACCUGCUGGAACUAGAGGCUGGGUGUUCGCUGGUGCACAGGGUGGUACUGAAAUAGGUGGUUUUGGUUUCCACACCAUGUUGGCACCUCUUCAGGCGAAAACCUACUCAAAGCGCAACAGGUUGCUACCUGCCAGAAGCACCCCCAGUGCCCGCCUCUCGCUGGAUGACAUGGGAUGCGUCACACCCAGAGCGGCUCCUCGGUGUGGACCGCACACCUGCAGGGGUUCUGCUGACCCUGACGGUGGUCGUGAGCCCCUAGGAGAGCGGAGCGCUGCUCAGCAUGGGAACUUGCUACGCGAGGCUCCCGCCCCAGGUCACCGCAGGAAGGAGCGGGAUGUUGCCAGCCCGAGUGAGUUCUCAAGCAUCCUGGCAGGAUGGAUGUUCCCGGGAAUCGGCGUCUGAGUACAGCAAGAGGUAGGAAAUGGGGUGGAACUCAGAAAUAGACCAUGAGAUUCCUGCCCCAAAACGCAGAACUCGUAGGGCAGCAGGCCCUCCCCGGCAGCCUGCGAUUAGGGUGUGGAGUAGCUGAGAACAGGCAGGAACUGCUCUUGUAUCCCACCCGACCUAUGGCGCCUCCCUCCUCCUCAGAUCCAGCGAGGACCUUGGCACGUCGCUGUGAGGUGCUUAUUAUAGGGACCCGAAGACUGUUGCUGUGAACGCGGCCCCGUGGCUCGCUUCACAGAGAAGCGCACACCUGGCUCCCCCUGGAAACUGGGUUCUCCGCUUCUGAGCUGGUUGUGAAGGUAGUGUUUUUAUUCCGAUGGUUUUCUUUGUGUGUGUGUAACACAAACCACAGUGAAACACUAGAGCAGCUACUAGGGGUUCCUGGACCAGCCCAAGUUUCCUCCCGGGCAGGCAGCCGGCACUCUGAUUGCGCGGCCGGCAGACUGUAGACGGGGCUGAGCCGCGCGGGCUCACAGUCGUCCUGAUCUGUCUGUUCCAGGCUUGUCAUCGGGCGCCUUUUUAUUAACACAGUUUAUUUUGUGCUUUCAAAAGCCGAGUGAUUCCCCCAAAUGAACAUCACCGCAGCUAUUCACAGUCAAGGUGGAGGUUCCCCGGGGGACCGCAUUUCCCGGCAGCUUGCAGAGCCAGACCGCUCUGGUGGCCCAGGCGGUGUGGACACUGGGGAGGGGUGGACCGCGCAUUCCGCCUGGUGAGGCUGACCCGGAGUCCGGCCAAGAGAAGUCCAAUGUAGGGGCAGCUGAGAGCAUGACCCUUGUGAGUCGGGGGAAACAGGCCCUCCGCUGUGAGUUCUGCUGCUUCCCAGUGCUGGUCCAGGGGCCCAGCUCUUCAGCCGACUUCAGAAUUUCUCCAGUCGGGAAGGAACUGAGAAUGGGGUUCCAGGAGGCCCCACCCUGAGUGGCAACUGGCCGGGUGUGCUGCCACAGCAGCCUGGGCGCUUUACGGCAUCUCACGGGACUGCCACGCGCCUUGCGGCUGAACCCUCUGCCCUGGGGCCUCAGUCCCUCUGCUCAGUGCCCGGCCCCCGGGGACGCCCCCCGCAGCCUUGGGGGACGCAGGAGGUCUCCUCACCACCGUCUGUCCGGCUGCCCUCUAAAGAGGUCCGUGCCCACGCUGGGCAGAGAGCACUGUCGCCUAGGAGGCUCUGGAACUCAGGUCACAAACGUGGAACCAGCCUUGAUCUGACAGUCGGGCUAACAAAGCCGGUUCUCCGUGGCUUCCCUCUUCACCCAAGCUUUCUGGAUGAGCCCGGGCACCUUUUCCAGGUUCACCGGCAAACAGGUGGCCAGAGCUCUCACUGCGGAGUCUGUGGAAGCCGGGGCCAAGGCCUGUCCCAGGAGGGCUCACGGGCACCCAGUGAAACUUCCUGCCCGUCAUCUUAACUGUUAGAUUCUCUAACAAGCCUGUUUAUCAAGAAAUUUAAAAGAGAUCUCUAUUGAGUCUGCCCGUCUCUAGGAUCUUAAAGCAUUACCUUUUGACCUGUUAGGCAAAUGGCAAAACAUUCCGAGUGUCUUUUCCUUCACUCCAUUCGAAGCAGCUAAAAUUGGCAGGCGUGUUAUUCUCUGUUGACACGAGCGCAGUUCAGUGUUGUGUGCUCGGCCCCCUGCGCUCUGCCACGUCCUCAGCUCACCUCCUCAGUGCUGUGCUGGGGCCCCUGCGGUGCGUGGGGGACCCCGUGGCGGGGCAGGGCUGUGGGGAUAAUCUGCUGUGGCAGCGGCUGCAGAAGCAGAGCUCUGAGCUCUUCCGGGCUCUCUCCACUGGACAGGAAGUUCAAGGGCAACAGCCGAGUGCUGGGCCACGGGCGCCGCCCCUGGGGUGUCGCUGCAGCUCCACACCCCUCCCCUCCCCCCCAUAAUGGCACCAACAAUGGGGGACAGGCCUUGGUUUACGGAUGCUGUGUUCCAGGUUAAGAGGUACAUGAUGCAGUGUAAAAAGUGUAUUGUAUAGCUACAGGGGUUAGUUUAACAUGUUUUGUAUAUACGACUUUUAUAAAUCUAUUAAAACUUGCCG